UAGACAGACAUGCAGCAGGACAGCAAUCUGCUGCUUUCACUCAGGGACUGACCUCUGGCCUCUUACUGCACAAAACAGCAGGACCAACAAGAAAAUCUCCACGUUUUUGUUUUUUCAAAUGUUAAGGAUUGUUAUACUCUGGAGAUAUCAAAAACAAGAAAGAUGGAGGAUUCCAAAAGAAGCAGAUGUAACAGCCUUGAUACCAGCUCCCUGUUUAACAAGGAUGUGCUGAGCCAUGGUGACUUUGUGACCUUUGACCCUAAAGCCUCUGAGCCUCUGAUUGGCCAUGAGCCCACACCAGCAGAGGUGGCUCAGUGCGAAGCAGAAGUAAGCACCCUGCUCAGCAUCAUCGCUGAUUUAAACAAGAAGAUGGGAUCGCUAAAGGCUCCGAGGGUUGACUCUUCCAGUGAUCCAGGAGACACGAGACCGCCACGUCCGUCCAGACCUCUGGUUCCCCCGGACCUUCUGUCUCACCGGCUGCUCAGAAGCAGCCCAGAGAGCAGCUCUGCUUCUGCCGCCGCAUCCAAACAUCCAGCAACCAGCCAAGGGGGCGGUGGUGUCGUCUGGACACAACUGCAGGAGGUUUUAUCAUCGGUGGAGGACUCCAUCAGCUUCAGAAGGACGUGGGCUGCUCCAAUCACAGCCUCCGACCAGAACAAGGACACGGAGCACCUGAGAGCUGCUCAGGAGAACUGGACCAAAGCCACACAGAUGCUGGAGGAAAUAGAGAGAGAUUUUGGGAUUUCAUGUUCUGUGGGAAUGCCGAAGGAGCAGCACCUGGACGACUUCUUGGAUCUGGAAAAACACGAGUCUGUUCUCAGGAACAACAUGCCGAGUCACAAUGAUGAGCUGCAGAGAGCUCCAAGUAACAUUUUCUCACUGGAAGACGAGAAAAACAAGGUGCUCCACCUGGCUGGUCUCCACAAGGCCUGGAGGUCUGACAGGUUUUCUCCUUCAUACCGGCCUCCUUCAGGAGCUCUCAGUCCCGACCGACCGCCUCCUUCCUACCCUGGUUCACCUUUACUCCACAGAAGGACGUCCAGAGCUGCGACUCCUCUGUCUUUGGGUGGGGACGGGACUCCGCUGGGCUGCGUGACCCCGAGCAGUCCCUGCCCCAGCCCCGUCAGCCUGGAGUCAGAGACCGACAGACUGAACAGAUGCAUUGAGAGGCUGAAGGCCAGAAACGAGCGUCUGACUGUGGCUCUGGAGCGAAGGAAGGUGGAUUCGGAGCAGAUCAGUCUAAAACUGUGUCGACUGGAGUCUGACUGCUCUGCCCUGCAGAUGGCUCUUAGAUACAGUGAGGAGUGUGAGGAGGCCUAUGGGGAGCUGCUGUUUCUUUAUGAAGCCAAGCUGCAGCAAUGCCCCCCUCUGCAGAUACACUCAGCAGAGCCAGUGUGUGACAUGCAGCAAUCAGCUCAGAACCCGGAGAUGGGAACUGAGGAGUUAUCCACCUCUUUCUGCACAGCUGGAGUCACAGAGGAAACCCAGAGUCACACGAGGCACAGAACUCCAGAUCCAGCAGACCGGGAAGCAAUUCUCCGACAACAAAUCGAGCGACUGAAAAGGGAAAGGGCAGCCAUUUGCCCAGCAAAGCCAGGUCCAGGAGCCGAGGUCAGACUGAGCUCAGAAACCGGUCAAGCGGUUGGUACCAGAUGGGGCCACAUGAUGAAGGACAACAGCAAACCUCCUGAGAGCAAGAGGGAGAAAGCAUCGCUGUUUUAUGAGCUGAUCUCAGUCAGGGAGGAGAUGUCAGAUCUUCGAGCUUUAAUCCGUCUGAAGGAGAAGGAGCUGCGAUGUCUUGAAUGGGGCUUAAUGGGACAGAAGUCUCAGGAAGCAGCUGGAGUUUUCAUUCCAGAAAACCUCAGAGACGAGGCGGAAGAUCGGAAGACCGAACAGAGGUUUGGUGAAAACGCUGCCAAACCUGUUAAUGACGGUGAAAUCACGAGUUCUCUGACCCGACCCAUUCUGAAAGAGCUGCAGGCUGUCCUACAGAGGGAACAAGCCCUGAAGAGGAGGCUGGCCAUGGUCCACGACUCGCUGAACUCGGCUCUCGCAGACGGCGCCCCCCACAGGAAGGACAACGCAGAGCAGAUCGCUCGACUCACACAGGCGCACAGUAAAGCUCUGAGUUCCUACAGGCAGAUUCGCAGGAAGUAUCGGGAGCAGGUGUGGCGGCUGGAGCAGAAGGUUGCAGCCAUGAUGGAGAGUCAACACAGCCAGAGCGAAGCAGCCAAAGCUGCAGAGGAAGGAGCAGAGUGGAGGAAGGAAGAGACGAUUUUAUAAAACAAAGGUAGAUCCGUCACAGCUAGAAGCUGUCCACAUCAGCCUCAUGUGCAAAUCUGAUGUAUAAAUUAUGUUUUUUUAAAACAAUUAUUCUUAUAUUCUGCAUAUGUAAAUAGUUGUGGCACUUUUAUUAUUACUGGCAAAACUACAGGAAGUCAACAUUCAAAUAAAUUAAUCAUUUAUUGCAAAUAUUUAUUAUAAAUCAGGGGAGUUAAACUCACUUGUCUCUAAUGAGCCAUUUCUGUGGUGAUUUUCCAACCAUCCUGCUAAAAGGACCCAAUCACAACCAAUUUUUCGUUUGAAGUCUACGAGAUUUUAAUUUGAAAACUUCAGGCCUAGCCAUUUGGUAGAGAAACUGUCCCACAGCAUGAUGAUGCUUCACAUUAUAUGCAAUAUUUUUCUGCAUAAUACCGGUUUCAAAUGAUUAGAAACUCCACAUGUUUAUGUUCAAGAUGGUAGGACAGAAAAGGCUUUCAAUUGGCAUCAGAAUCAUAGAUAUUGGUCAAAAUGUUUUCCACUAACUAAUUUGAUUCUGGUUUCAAGUGCUCACAGUUUGCAAACAUUAAGUUUAAAUAUGUAUGCUUUAAUAAAGAAUAAAAUAAACUCUAUUCAUAUGUAUAUGUAUGUACACUAUAUAUUAUACAUAAAGAAAAUAAAAAAGAUUGUUGUACAGUGCAAGAAUGAUUAUUUUGUGUCACAUCUAAUCUAAGUACAAGUCUGUAUUUAGUGGAAACUGCAGCCUAUUAUAGAGCAUAUCUGUAAAUACCUGAAUCCUAACACGUGUGAGCGUGUGCUAAACUGCUUAAUUAUCGCACAGAUACUUUUACAUUGCUAUUACCCGACCUGAAGAAUAACGUAUAUCAAAAGUUAACUGAAUGGCAUCUUUUCUUGACUUUCCUAUUUUGAAGAGUGUCUUAGAAAACUGAGUUUCUCUUUAAAAUCAUAUAAAUAUCCCAAAAGAGAGACUUAGUCACUUAAUUCAAUGUAAAAAAGUAAAAUUUACUUGAACAACAAAGUCCUGGUAUUGAUGAUUUUGAUUCAUUCAUUUAAGAAACUUUUACUUGAAAUGUAGUCAAAUAAUUAUGCUCCUUCAAUAAAAGGAGAAUUUAGCUUUUUUUAAAAAUCUUUUCUAACCAGUAGCAGUUGUACCAUCUGUCUUUUAGAGCCUAUGUAGAAAAUUAAACAGCAGCACAACAAAGGGAGAUGACCGUUUGAAAUGGCAAAACUCAAACAUAAGACACAAUCCUCUUUUUAAAUAAAACUGUCAUGCAGUUUAAAUAAAGAAUGAACCGUCAGAUGAUUUGAGGUAGGUGACAGCGGACAUGUUCGUUUUCCCAUAAAAACCUUCCUUCCAACGGCGCCAGGGGGUGGGGCCCGCAACAAUGGCUGAUCUUCACACGAAAUGUUACGCCAAGCCCAUUUGUCUUCUUUGCACCUCCGUGGUCUCACGUUCUUUGCCUUUCACGCUUGACAGUUCAGUUAAAAGGUCAACUCAACCAAACUGCAAAAAAAA